GACUUCUUGCAAAGGAUGGAACACCUCCCACAAGUUGACACUUUUCUAUUAAUUGUAAUUCCUUCGGGAAAUAUAAAUCCAAAUUUCAACAAGCCGAGCAAAGACGGGAGUCGAGAAAAAAUUCCUCUUUUCCUUCCGUCAACGGGCUUAAUCUUUGUUUGGUUCCCGAGAAUAUCAACAAUGACUCGCGGCAACCAGAGAGAAAAAGAUAGAGAAAGGGCUCAAUCCAGGUCAGGCAACAAAGGGAAAGCUGGUUCCAAGGACGAUGGAUUGACCCCUGAACAACGCCGUGAAAGAGAUGCAAAGGCCUUACAAGAAAAGGCCGCGAAGAAGGCAGCGCAGGCGGCAGCUGGAGGUAACACUGCCGGCGGUGCUGGUGGAAGUAAAAACAAGAAAUAAUAUAAUAAAGACGGUGAGAUGAUCUACCGUGGAGGUUAAAGUUAGUGUUAAUUUGUUGAUCGGGGAAUUUGAUCUUUGGUUUCCAGUCUUCGUUUCGUGUUUUUUAAAGUUCAACAAACCCUCGGCUUGCUUAUAUAUUUGGCAUUGAUGUUGACUGUUAAUGGAAUUGAUUUCCUAUAUAGCGUUAUGGAAUUUUUCGUUUCUAUGAUUA